AGGAGGUUGUAUAGUUGAGGAGGACACCCAAGGAGAUCACUAUACGGCCUCCUAGCUUUCCCCAGGCUGCGCCCUGCACGGGAUGGGGCGGCGGGGACCCCCAGGCCCACACCCUGCCCUGGGACCCUGGCAGGGGCUGGUCUUCUUGUCCUGUGUCUCUUGCACUUGCUGCCUGUCAAGUGGGUCCUGGCCGUCUUUCUUCACAACAUUGCCUGUGGCUUUCUGGGCUCUGACCCUCUGAUGACUUUCCAUGUCUGUUCCUGUCUUCUCUGGUCUGCUUUUAGUUAGUUUUCUGGCACUCACAGUGUCGGGGAUCUGCCUCUAUCUCUUUUGCCACCCCCAACCCAGGGCCUGUCAGGGCCACUGCAUUGCCGGCCUCUGGGUCCCUGAGACCCUUUAACCUGUGAGGACGUCCAGGGUCACAGGUGAGGUUCUUGGGAGCCUGGCGUCUGGCCCAACCACAGACCUGGGACUGCAGGUCAACCCCUGACACCCUUCUUCCUGAGAUUUGACCUCUGACCCAGGUGCCUGCCCCUCCCCCUCCUAGUGACCUCACAAAGACUACCAGCUUCUCUCCAGGCCUUGAGACCCUCCAAUGGCCCUGCUGGUCCUGGCGAGUGCUGUCCCAGCUGCCCUGCGGGCCCUGCUGGUGCUCAAGGCGUCCGCGUGGGCCUGUCUCCUGUGCUUCACCACUUACCCUGAGCGUGCUGCCAUCUGCAGGAUGUUUGCCCGGGUGCAGGGCCCCAAGAUUGACCAGUGCGAGGAGGCCUUCACCACUGCCUUUCAGGGUCUCUCAGACGUGGAAAUCAAUUAUGAGGAGAGGAGCCACCUGCACGACACCUUCACCCAGAUGACACUGUCCCUCCAGGAGGAGGCCACCGCCCAGGGGUCCUUUGAGGUUGCCUUCCCUGCUGCUGCGGAAGAAAUGAAGAGGGCCAUUCUGCAGCUUAAAAGAGUCCAGCCCUGCAUCCCUCCUUGCGGGGUCCAGGAGGUGACCCGGCGCUUCCGCUGCCGCGGGUGCUACUCCACCGUGUGCGACCUGCCGCCCGGCCUGGGCGAGCUGCUGGUCCGCCCCGAGGCUCUGACGCUGGGCAACCUGGCCCUGCUGGCCGGCGUCAUUGGCCUUGCGUCCGCCACUGCGACGGUGCUGGUGUGGGCGUUCUUUCGGUGGUAUUUGAGUGGCGACUGACAAAGGUACCUCGUGUAUGUGACAGUUUCACUCCCAAAUAAAGAGUACAUUUCAGCGCUGGGUUCUUUGACUUCUGAAGGUCCCCGUGGUGACAGUAGGGACCGUGCUGAGGCUGUCAGGUUCCCGCCCAGGCCCCUCCCGCGUCCCUGGCAGGCCCUGACAUUUCCCUGUGCAGGAAACACCCGAAGAGUCCCCCGUGUCCCCGUUUCCUUCCUCUUAGACCGCCAGCGGCCCGCAGCGCAGACCAGAGUGCUGACUCAUGUUUAAGCCCUUCUCCUCUCCAGAUCCAGUGCCAGGUCUCCGCCUUUUUAACUCCUGUCCCCUGGGUCCCAGUCAUCACUGUGUCGUGUCUGGAUCAGGGCGGCAGCCUCGCACUCACCUCCCUGCCCCUGCUUGGCCUCAUUCCUGUCGCCCUUUCUCUUCAGAGCUGGAGCAGUAUUUUACGUCCCGGGUGUCCAGCCUUUUGGCUUGCCUGGGCCGCAUAGAAAAAUAGACUAUGCUUAAUGUCUCCAAGUGACAGGGCUUCCUCCUUUAACAUUUGAACUUAUUAAAUAAGUUUACAAAACAGUACAAGCCCAGGUAUAAUAAAGAGCACGUCCUCACAGGUGCACAUGCCCCCUGCCGGUAGGCUGGAAUACUGUUACUGGUGGUUGUGUUUUAGUCACCCAGUCACGCACGCGUGUCAUGUGUGAUCCGCGUGGAUUUCAAGUUGGCUGCGUGGGGCAGGUGGAGCAGGCCCCCAGCACCACAGGGCACCCCUGCCUACACGGUGCUCAGCUGCCCGUCGGGGUGCAGCGGAGUCGGGAAGAAUAUUGCCGAGUGUCAUCACAUCACUACGUCGAGUUUUCACCUUGUCUGUCCAGGGUUGCAUGUGGCAGCUUGAAAGUACGUCAGACUGGGUCACUUCCCUGCUCCCGGUUUUUCAGUGACUUCCCUAACUGCCAGCGGAACAAAACCCAAUUCCUGCUUCCAGGCUCUGGGGCUCCACAGGUUCCAACCCUUGCUGACCUGGUUGGCCUUGUCGCCUCCCGCACAGAUGGAGGCUGAGAUAUCAACUUCCUUCCCUGCAGUUUCUCUGGCCUUUUCUCCCUCCUUGUGAGCCUUUGCUGUCUCCAUGGGGUCUUGGUACAUACAUGUUGUUGCUUGCCUAGAAUAAUGUUUUUUCUUUGUCCGGUUAAUCGUGAUUUUCCUUGAACAGCCGUCUCGUACCUUCACUCAAUCCUAUGACAACUGUGAGUCCAGCCCUCACUGUGUUAGUUUCUCGACCUCCCCUCACCCCGCUUGCUGCUUCUCAGCUCCAGGGGCCUCUGUUUUUGGUCCUUGGACGUUCACAGCUCGUCCCUGCCCAGGCCUCUGGUCUUGAGAAGUUCCUCCAGGAACCCACCUCGCCGUCGUGCGUGGGCUCCAGCCCGUGUGCCACGUUCUCUGACUGCUCCCUGACCCUCCCACUCCAGUGUGCGCAGCACAGAGCCCCGCGGGGCGUGCUGCUGUGGGGCCACGUUUCUCUCUCCCUAAGAGAAGCCGCCGAGAGAGCGUCCUCUUUCCUGUUGUGUCCCCUUCUGGGUCUUGCUCAGCUCGGAUUUACGGUGCGCCACGCACCCUAACCCUAACUCUAGAACUGGUGAUGAAACAGAAGAGAAAGUAGACAACCUGGCCUCUCGCUGAAUUUAAGAUUCUGGUUGGUAGCAAAAGAAAGCUUUCCCUACUCGUGACGCCAAAGGACAAAGUGUAGUGCUGUUUUUGUAGUGUUUUAUGGUUUUUGGCCUUAAUAACUGAUUCCCCCCAACACUCUGGACACUAGUUGAGUGUUUAUAAUUUAACUCUGAUGCCGACUAUCAGGGUUAUUGUCAAGCUCUAAGGAUUUAGGGCUCAGACCCACAAGAUUGCUGUCCCUUUAGGUACCAGUCACAAAUAGCGGGCCCUAGGGAACCCACACUUCCAACUUUGCUACAAAAGUGGGGGCGCUGGGAACCCAUCCCUGCCCCCAGUUCAGUAAUUUUCAAGAGCUAUUAUAUAACAGUGAAACAUUUUGCAGUUCGUAAAGGAUGUCAUGCAGAAAAUGUUCACAGCCAGGUAGAGAGGUACCCAGGCUGGUAGGGUCUCAAGUGGCAGCGUCUCUGCCCCAUGGACUGGGGGAGCAUUACCCUCACGGCAUGGGGAUGUGUGCACCGCUCCAGAAGCUCUCUGGGCCCCACACUUCAUGACACAGGCACAGCCAGUGGCUGUCAGUCUCCCAAGGGUGGCAGUUGAGGCUGAAAGCUCCACCAACCUCGUCGUGGCUUAGUCUGGCUGGUGAGCAGCCCCCCAAGACUCACGAGUGUGAGUAGAACAAAGGCUGCUCCUGUCACCCAGGAAAUCCCAGGGUUUAGGAGCUCUGUGCGAUGUGCCCCUCACCGUCACCCUGAUCAAUAGCAAGUAAGACAGGUCCCGAGGACAGACACCUCAGUUUUCUACUGUGCCCUCGUAAGAAAUGAAAGUAAAAUAACGUCGAGUCGCAUGAGCAUACAGGUAAGGGAGAGGAUAAGGCAGAGACACAAGCUGGGAGCAUCGUGAGGGAGGAGGUAUCAGAAGGGUCCUUGGGGGCGGCCUGACUGAGAAGGUGACUUCGGAGAGCCCGGAGGGGCUGAGGGUGGGGCCGCUGGACAUCUGUGUUAGGAGCAGGAGCCCGAGACAGGAGGAUCACAGUGGGGGAACAGCCCGCAGGCCGCUGUGGCUGGAGCGGGCUUUGGGAAAUAAGUAGACAGUGAUGUCAGAACCCGCGGGGAAGGGAGCCAGACCCAGACGUUGGGCCACUGUGAGGUCUGGGUUUUCCUCUAAGAUGAGCACCACGGGCAGCUUCCAGCCAAGGAAGGUCAUGGCCCUGACGGACAAGGUUACUCGGCGGCCAAGGGUGGAAGUCUAGGCACUGCAGUCACUCGGGCAAACACAAGAUGAAGCUCGGGAGGCGGUGUCGGGAAGCUGAAGAGGUGUGGCUUCAGAUUUGUCCAAAGGGAAGACCCAGUGGGCUUUGCUCGAGAACCUUCUGGCAUAAUGGAAAUACUCUAGGUCUGUACGAUCCAGUGUGGCAGCGCCCACCGCUGUGCCCAGCAUGGGACUGAGUGGAUAACCUUGGGUAGCUUUAAUUAGUCUCAGCUCUGUGACAACAGAAAUCUCAGGGGUGUGUGCCUCUGGGUACUUGUUGAGCUCCCAGAAGCUGGGAGCUCGUACUCUGUUCUGCAUUUGCAAAACUGGCAGAGCACGUGGAACUCAGUAAGCACUUGGUAGAUACGUUCAUGACUUACUGGAUCAACAACUGACGUAAAGCAGUAGGGGCUACUGUUUGGACAGCACAGCUCUGCCUACUGAGCCAGGGAAACCCGGGGAGCAGAUUUCUGGGGGCUAAGGGCGGAAAGAGGAGAGCCGGGAGUCUGGAUCCGCCGAAGGGGGCUGUGGACAUGCACACCUGGGAUGGAGGGGCGAGGCCUGGUCUGAAAAUCAAAGACUGGGAGUCCUGUCUCUAAGCACAGAGCACGGUUGUGGUGCCCAGAGCCAUGGAUCAAGGGAAAGAGGAUGAGAAGAAGUUUCUCCUAGUGAAGAGGACCCGGAGAACAAAACUAAGGGAGAAACACAGCCAGGCACCUUCGGCCUCCCGAAAGCCAAGAGAAGAGACCACUUCAAGGAGGAGGCGUGUGCCGCUGCACCAGACGCUGCCAGACGGUACUGUGGCAGGCCUAGGACUGGCCAUGGGCUUUAGUGGUGUGGACUUCACCGUGAACUUGACAGGAACAGCGUGUAGGUGGAGGCGGGCGCUGCCUGUCCGACUGGCAUAGGUUUGAACCUAUGGGAAUCACAUCAUUCACGGUGGAAAUAGAAAUUAAAACCACGACGAGAUACCAGUUUGCACUCACUCGUUAGCCUGUAAUCAGACUGUCACUCCUGACUGCCCUGGCAAGUGCUGAGAGAAACUGGAACCUUUGUAGCCUUGCUGGUGGGAAAGUGAAAUAGUACAGUCCCUGUGGGAAAUGGCCUGUCAAUUCCUAAGGGGGAAAAAGAUGAUGAAACACUUAGCACGGAACCCAGCAAUUCCUUUCCUAGGUCCACAGCUGCGAUGAAGCCUCCCCCAGUGACUCAGGGCUUGAUCCCCAGCACAGCAGUGUCCAGAGAGGGGCCUAAAGGGUGACUGGAUUUUGCGGGUCCUAACCUGAUGAUCCAUGGCUCACCCCAUACCCGAGUUACAGCUGGGUGGGCUCUCCGAGGGGAGACUCCAUUGACUUCCUUGGAAGGGCCAAUCUUCUCCCGCUUGCCUCCUGCACUCUGCUUUGUGGCUGCCACAGAUGGGCGGCUUUCUCUGCCCUGGAGCUUCUGCCUUGGAACCCGCCAACCAUGGACGGAAGCCUCUGGAACUGUAAGCCAAAAAUAAACUUUUUUCCCUUCUAAGUUGUGCAUGUUGUGCCUUUGUCCAGCAGUGGAAACCUAACACAAAAAGCCAGCAGAGCUAAAACAAAACAAAACAAAACAAAAAGCUCUAUCCUUAGAAAAACUUGUGCAUGAAUGUUCAUAACGGCUUCAACACGGAAGCAUUGCCAGGGUCCAUCAGCUGAUAAAUAGCUAGACAAAAUGCUGUAUUUGUACUGUGGAAUAUUACUUGGUCAUAAAAAGGAAUGUCAGAGAUAAAUGCAACGAUGUGAAUGAACCUUAAAAACAUCACACUAGGCGAAAGUUACAAGAGAGUACAAGUUGCUUGAUUCCACUUCUGUGAAAUUUCCGGAAUAGGUAGAUGUAUUAGGCAGCAGAUGAGUGGCUGCGAGGGUCCUGGGGGUGAUGUAAGAUGAGGAACGAGGAGUGAUCAUCAGUGGGCACGGGGGUCCUUUCUGGAGUGCUGAAAAGUUCCAAAAAUUAGAUUGUGCCGAUGGCUGCACAAAUCUACACAUUUACUAAAAACCGCUGGGUUUGGCAAGGGAGAGACGCUGGAGACGGGAUAAAAGCAGCUCUCAAGUUUUUCUAUUAACAGAAAAAGAAGUGGGGAAACAGGUUGAGAGAAUUUGAGAAACGGCAGAACAGUGUACUCAGAUGUCCAUGGGGAAGAGCUCUACGCCAGGGAAACACUGGCUAUUGCGGGCCAGGGACGCUGGCCCGUGGGUUGAUGUCCCUGUAGGUUCCCAGGAAGGAGAAUGCCCAGCCCAGGUCCAAACAGCCAGCGCCCAGCACAGCCCGAGCGCUCAGCUCUCAUUCGUGGAACCCUCCCCAAGCAAAGUCAUCAGAAAACCGGCCAGGGGGCUCGGGAGAAAAUAAAUAAAAUUCUUUAUUAUUUCCUAAUCACAGUACAAACAUUAAAUUAGAACAGGGCGAAAGUGGGGCCCUUCCCCAAGCCUACAAAGCCACACCCCAUCAAUAAAUACCCCUCCCGGCAGUCCCAGGCCGCGGUCCGGCCGAAGCGCCUC